AUGCAUGGGCUCCCGGCGGCAGCUGCGCAUGCAGCAGCGCACAUUGCCAGGCGCGUUGACCGCGUACAGCUUGUAGCUGUCCGAAGAGACGGUGUCGACCGCGAGGACGAUGCUCUGAGAGCGGCCGGUCGCACCCACAAUGCGCGCGCGCAGCUCGUCCGGCGCGAGCGUGGCAGCGCGGCACACAUCCGGAUCUUGCACCAGCUGCGUGAGGCCGACGAGCGAGAGGCAGAGAGUGAUCGAAGCGAAGUUCUGGGCGCCGGGAUUGAGAAGUAG